GUCCUGAGAGCCAACAUGUGCACUGGCAAAUGCUCUCGCUUCUUGGGCUUGUCUCUGCUCCCCAUGUCCCUGAGCUGCAUCAUUGCUAAUGUCCUCCUCUUCUUCCCUAAUGGAAAGACCAUCAGCACCGACCACAUCACCCUCCAAGUCUGGCUGAUGGGCGGCAUUAUAGGAGGGGGCCUCUUUGUCCUGUGUCCGGCCUUUGCAGCGAUUCGUGCAGGGGGGGAAGGCUGCUGUGGGGCUGGAUGCUGUGGAAACCGAUGCAGAAUGCUCCGCUCAGUCUUCUCCUCCAUAUUCGGUGCUCUGGGAGGAUUCUAUUGCCUGAUCGUGUCAGGCACAGGCCUGUCUGAUGGACCUUUGUGCCUCAUGGGGGGGCAGUGGAAAUAUCCCUUUAAGGGCCAAACUGAGAGUUACCUGUUCAAUAAGACUUCUUGGGAUGACUGUGAGGAGCCUAAAAAGAUUGUGCUGUGGAACAUUGUCCUGUUUUCUAUGCUCCUUGGGUUCGGUGCUCUAGAGUUUGUCCUCUGUGCCAUCCAGAUUGUCAACGGACUCAUGGGCGUGUUGUGUGGGGACUGCAGAAAGAAGGGCAAGAAUGAAGGCUGAUUUUUCUACCACUCCUUCCUCCCUGAGUGAACUUUCACCCUGCUGUACAGAAGGUCCACCCCUGGCACACAACAUGCAACACGCACCCCUAUAUUUAAGGAACACUCUGUGUUUUCUAUGAAUUUUGUAGAGUUUCAGCAGUAAACCCAAUCUUCCAAACCAUGCUCCUUUUGUCCCAUUUACCUGGUCCCUCAUUCUUUUUGAUAUUCUAGCUUUAUCUAUAAUUUGUUUUGCAAUUAUUGACGGCAUUUAGUGGUGCCCAGAAGAACCUCAUGUAAAAUAUAAUGGUGAUAGAUAAUGCUAAGAUAGCAUUCUACUUACAGUCUACUGUAAGGCAUUAAAUAUCUUAGAUUGUAGUCCAUUGUGCCACCAGACUCAUCUGCAGCAGAUGAAGGAGCUUCUGCCCAGGAGUGUGUCCCCCUGCCCAAUCGAAGCACUGCCAACAUGUCCAUAAGGACCCACAAAGCAAAUUUUCAGCCACUUAUCUCCAGAAGGCAGGAUUGCUCCUCCAAUCCAAGUCAGAAUAGAUUUGCAUCUUAUUGAUCAAGAUUUGCCAUAUGGACCUACAAGUCUCUGGAGCAUGUGCCACCAAGCAUUCUGAUUACAUGAAGUUACUCAAUUACUUGGCCGAUCAAACUGCUGUGGGGCCUUUUGGGAAAACUUGAGGAAUAAGGCAAGUUAAAUUAACUGAGAUGACGAUGGACGGUGAUGAAAUUAAUAUUUGUAACUGGCAUAUCAACUUCACUUACAUAAAGGCUUUUCUUUUGGUCACACCCACUUUAAUAAAUAUUUUCACAUUAAA